GCCUCGCCUGGCCGUCUGAUAUCUGUACAUAGGGAGCUAUCCUGUUACCGCGCGCGCAGCAACGUUGCACCACCAUUCCCCGUCUAUAUAGGCUACUCUAUCUAGAGUCUAUGUCCGAUUGCAAUUUCCUCUCGUGCUAAAUAGUAGAUCUGCGGAAUUUUUCAGCAUUAAGGAUAACAUUUGGAAGUCAUUGCAAAGAUAAACUCAACGCUCAGCCUUGGGCACCUCGGCUCGGUCUGUCUGUGAUUGACGAGAGGCUCGCUGAGCUGAGUGGAUCUGAGACUUCAGCCUUCCCUGAACCUCCCCGCCUCGUCGGCCUGAGACUAGUGUGAGAGAUAUAGAUCCUAGUCCUGGCAUCAGUCUUCAAACAUGAAAGGGAAGAGAAUUCAUCGUGGAACUGCAGUUCAAAACGAUAUUGCGGUACAGGGGACCAACGACAGCAGCAUCGUGAGCAAAUGUUCUGUAGCUAUGAUGGGAUACUUCCAAGACGCGUACCUUCGUCAUUUUGUGUCUAAGACUUCUAGGAGAUCCCCUCUGAUCAACAGAGGUUACUUCGUCAGGGCUAGAGCCAUUGAUGAUAUCCUGAAGGCAUUCCUCAAGAAGUUUGGAGAUUCUAAGAACCAGAUAAUAUCACUGGGUGCUGGGUUUGACUCCACCUACUUCAGACUGCAGGCCAGUGGCUCGUUGGACCACACUGCUUUCUAUGAAGUUGAUUUCCCUCAGCUGGUAAAGAGAAAGGCUGCAUUGAUCAGGAAAAAGACCGAGCUCAGCGAUCUACUCCUGAAUCCAGUCUAUCACGAUGAAGCACACGAAGAUUCAUUUGGUGUUUGUAUAUCAUCAGAGAAGUACCAUCUUGUUGGAGUGGACCUCAAGCAACUGGAUGCCUUGCAGAGUGUCUUCAAAGACAUUGGCGUUGACUUAGUAGUGCCCACCUUGCUCCUCUCCGAAUGUGUUAUUACAUACAUCGAUACUGACAGUUCGGAUGCUCUAAUAAAUUGGGCUGCAAAGACCUUUCCAAAUGGUCAGUUUGUUUCAUAUGAACAAGUUCUUCCAGAUGAUGCCUUUGGAAUUGUUAUGCAGAAACAUUUCAAGAAGCUCAACUCACCGCUAAAUGCUAUCCAGAAAUACUCCAGCAAGCAGAAGCAUUGUGCCAGGUUUAUAGAACAGGGUUGGCUGUCAUCUGGUGCAGUUAACAUGCAUGAGUACUACACACAAGUGAUCUCUGAGGUAGAGAGAAGAAGAGUGGAAGGUAUUGAGCUGUUUGAUGAGUUUGAGGAAUUACAUCUGAUAUGUGUUCACUAUAUCCUAGUUGCUGCAUUCAACGGUAGAUGUGCUGAAUUCAAGGCAAGCCUCUUUCCUGUUCCAGCGACAUGUAUUUCAAUUCCAGAUCUACCAUUGACACCUUCCAAGUCUGAAGAUAAUCCUGGAUCAGACCUUGUUCCAUCUCCUGCCGUGAAACCCCUCCCCCUCCAGUCCACAGCAGGCUCAGCUACCUGGAUGAGGCUGUUUUCACAUGCUAGUGUACUGGUUCCAAACACAAACAGUGUCCUUAUCACGGGUGGAUUUGGAGAUUCAGAGGGUUGUCAUGGGAGGAUGGAAAAGGUACAGAUGGUAAAUCUCGAUCUUGGUAACAUCGUAGAGCUGGAUGCUGCAGAGGGGUCUGAUAAGUUAGGUCCCAGGCUCCACCACUCCAUGACUGUCCUGUCUUCCGGUAGAUUCUUCAUCUUCGGUGGCCGUACCUCCCCUGCCAAACCAUGCAUGUCCUCGCACAUCCUCACUCUCCUGGAUUCCAACCACCGACCGUCAUCAUACCGUCUACACAGUGCAUGCAUGCAUGAAGGAGAUGAUGUGCUGUCACCCAGGUGGAGACAUACAGCCACAGCAGUGACUGUGGAGGACAGGGAGGCUAUCCUGGUGUCCGGAGGGAGGGGUGUAGAGGGCCGCCCCCUAGGGGAUAGCUGGCUGUUGGAUGUCGAGAAGAUGUCAUGGCAAAAGAUUACUGUAAUGUGGCUUGUGCUUGUCAAACAGCUUAAUUUUGAAGGACCGGUAAUGGAGGCGAGACAUUCCCACUCUGCCACGCCCUGGGGGGACACCUCCAUUGUGAUAGCUGGUGGUAUAGGGGGCGAUACCACACCCCUCAACUCAAUAGCAAUCCUGAACAUGCAAUCCAAGUCAAGCACCCUCAUAGAAACCAUACCGCCAUUCAAACCAAGGUAUUCUCAUACAGCUCACAUAGUUGAAGACCAGCUCUUGCUUCUGGGUGGGAUCCAACCAGCCAGCGAUACCCCGCCCUCACUCACCCUCAUCCAUCUUGCGACGUGUGCUCUUCAGGAAAUCAAUUUAAAGGCAUCGUCUCCAGAAAUCCCACUGAUGCUUCACAACCACACCAGCCAUUGGCUACCUGACAAAGAGGGCGUCCUAGUGAUCGGAGGGGGAGGAAACUGCUUUUCGUUUGGCACCCAUCUUAAUGAAACACCAGUCGUCGUAGAGGGCGCACUUCAGAAUGUGUCCAGAUAGUAUUUCAAGAACACUGGGAAUACACCAGUUUACGGUUAUUGGCGCCAUUUUAAUUUACGAGUAAACAAACCAUUGACCUCUAGAGGUCAGUGGUUUAUAUGAUGUGAUGCAAAUAUGAUGUGAGCGCACAACGCAGGCAGUGUCAUCGAUGUUUUCAGAUGCGCAUGUAUUGUUGCGUCACUGCCUGCGCUGUGCGCUCACAUCAUCCUUGUAUGGGCGCUAUUUUACGCGUAAACCACUG